AAAGUCCCCUUUCCGCACCUUUGAGCGCUUUCUCAGUUCUGGCUGGGAUUCGGGAUCCUCCUUCCUCCGAGUCACCAGACUUGAGGGGCUCCGGCCGAGAGCGAGUUCUGGUCCCGGUCACUUGGCGUGAGCUUCCUCGACUGGUGCCAAGCACCUUUCCUUCUUUCCGUAAAAAGAAAGCGAAGAGCGCCACUGUGCACCUCCACUGAGAUCCUCUUUUGAAAACUGUUACCAGAAGGAACUUGCACAAAUAAAAAUUUGCCCAUUAUGUCAACAGCAUCUGUGGAGAUCGAUGAUGCAUUAUACAGUCGACAGAGGUACGUUCUUGGAGACACAGCAAUGCAGAAGAUGGCCAAGUCCUAUGUUUUCUUAAGUGGAAUGGGUGGUCUUGGUUUGGAAAUUGCAAAGAAUCUUGUUCUUGCAGGGAUUAAGGCACUUACAAUUCAUGAUACAGAAAAAUGCCAAGCAUGGGAUCUAGGAACCAACUUCUUUCUCAGUGAAGAUGAUGUUGUUAAUAAGAGAAACAGGGCUGAAGCUGUGCUUAAACAUAUUGCAGAACUAAAUCCAUAUGUUCAUGUCACAUCAUCUUCUGUUCCUUUCAAUGAGACCACAGAUCUCUCCUUUUUAGACAAAUACCAGUGUGUAGUAUUGACUGAGAUGAAACUUCCAUUGCAGAAGAAGAUCAAUGACUUUUGCCGUUCUCAGUGCCCUCCAAUUAAGUUUAUCAGUGCAGAUGUACAUGGAAUUUGGUCAAGGUUAUUUUGUGAUUUUGGUGAUGAAUUUGAAGUUUUAGAUGCAACAGGAGAAGAACCAAAAGAAAUUUUCAUUUCAAACAUAACGCAAGCAAAUCCUGGCAUUGUUACUUGCCUUGAAAAUCAUCCUCACAAACUGGAGACAGGACAAUUCCUAACAUUUCGAGAAAUUAAUGGAAUGACAGGUUUAAAUGGAUCUAUACAACAAAUAACGGUGAUAUCGCCAUUUUCUUUUAGUAUUGGUGACACUACAGAACUGGAACCAUAUUUACAUGGAGGCAUAGCUGUCCAAGUUAAGACUCCUAAAACAGUUUUCUUUGAGCCACUGGAGAGGCAGAUAAAACAUCCAAAGUGCCUUAUUGUGGAUUUUAGCAAACCUGAGGCACCUUUAGAGAUUCACACAGCUAUGCUUGCCUUGGACCAGUUUCAGGAGAAAUACAGUCGCAAGCCAAAUGUUGGAUGCCAACAAGAUUCAGAAGAACUAUUGAAACUAGCAACAUCUAUAAGUGAAACCUUGGAAGAGAAGCCUGAUGUAAAUGCUGACAUUGUGCAUUGGCUCUCUUGGACUGCUCAAGGCUUUUUAUCUCCACUUGCUGCAGCAGUAGGAGGUGUUGCCAGCCAAGAAGUAUUGAAAGCUGUAACAGGAAAAUUUUCUCCUUUGUGCCAGUGGUUAUAUCUUGAAGCAGCAGAUAUUGUUGAAUCACUAGGCAAACCUGAAUGUGAAGAAUUUCUGCCACGGGGAGAUAGAUAUGAUGCUUUAAGAGCCUGCAUUGGAGACACUUUGUGCCAGAAACUGCAAAAUUUAAACAUCUUCUUAGUAGGGUGUGGAGCCAUAGGCUGUGAAAUGUUAAAAAAUUUUGCUUUACUUGGUGUUGGCACAAGCAAAGAGAAAGGAAUGAUUACAGUUACAGAUCCUGACUUGAUAGAGAAAUCCAACUUAAAUAGACAGUUCCUAUUUCGUCCUCAUCACAUACAGAAACCUAAAAGCUAUACUGCUGCUGAUGCUACUCUGAAAAUAAAUUCUCAGAUAAAGAUAGAUGCACACCUGAACAAAGUAUGUCCAGCCACUGAGACCAUUUACAAUGAUGAGUUCUGUACUAAACAAGAUAUAAUUAUUACAGCAUUAGAUAAUGUGGAAGCCAGGAGAUAUGUAGACAGUCGUUGCUUAGCAAAUCUAAGGCCUCUCUUAGAUUCUGGAACAAUGGGCACUAAGGGGCACACUGAAGUUAUUGUACCACAUUUGACUGAAUCUUACAAUAGUCAUCGGGAUCCCCCAGAAGAGGAAAUACCAUUUUGUACUCUAAAAUCCUUUCCAGCUGCUAUUGAACAUACCAUACAGUGGGCAAGAGAUAAGUUUGAAAGUUCCUUUUCCCACAAACCUUCAUUGUUUAACAAAUUUUGGCAAACCUAUUCAUCUGCAGAAGAAGUCUUACAGAAGAUACAGAGUGGACACAGUUUAGAAGGCUGUUUUCAAGUUAUAAAGUUACUUAGCAGAAGACCUAGAAAUUGGUCCCAGUGUGUAGAAUUAGCAAGAUUAAAGUUUGAAAAAUAUUUUAACCAUAAGGCUCUUCAGCUUCUUCACUGUUUCCCUCUGGACAUACGAUUAAAAGAUGGUAGUUUGUUUUGGCAAUCACCAAAGAGGCCACCCUCUCCAAUAAAAUUUGAUUUAAACGAACCUUUGCACCUCAGUUUCCUUCAGAAUGCUGCAAAACUAUAUGCUACAGUAUAUUGUAUUCCAUUUACAGAAGAGGACUUAUCAGCAGAUGCCCUCUUGAAUAUUCUUUCAGAAGUAAAGAUUCAGGAAUUCAAACCUUCCAAUAAGGUUGUUCAAACUGAUGAAACUGCAAGGAAACCGGACCACGUUCCUAUUAGCAGUGAAGAUGAGAGGAAUGCAAUUUUCCAACUAGAAAAGGCUAUUUUAUCUAAUGAAGCCACCAAAAGUGACCUUCAGAUGGCAGUGCUUUCAUUUGAAAAAGAUGACGAUCAUAAUGGACACAUAGAUUUCAUCACAGCUGCAUCAAAUCUUCGUGCCAAAAUGUACAGCAUUGAACCAGCUGACCGUUUUAAAACAAAACGCGUAGCUGGUAAAAUUAUACCUGCUAUUGCAACAACCACUGCUACAGUUUCUGGCUUGGUUGCCUUGGAGAUGAUCAAAGUAACUGGUGGCUAUCCAUUUGAAGCUUACAAAAAUUGUUUUCUUAACUUAGCCAUUCCAAUUAUAGUAUUUACAGAGACAUCUGAAGUAAGGAAAACUAAAAUCAGAAAUGAAAUAUCAUUUACAAUUUGGGAUCGAUGGACUGUACAUGGAAAAGAAGAUUUCACCCUCUUGGAUUUCAUAAAUGCAGUCAAAGAGAAGUAUGGAAUUGAGCCAACAAUGGUGGUACAGGGAGUCAAAAUGCUUUAUGUUCCUGUAAUGCCUGGUCAUGCAAAAAGAUUGAAGUUAACAAUGCAUAAACUUGUAAAACCUUCUACUGAAAAGAAAUAUGUGGAUCUUACUGUGUCAUUUGCUCCAGACAUUGAUGGAGAUGAAGAUUUGCCUGGACCUCCAGUAAGAUACUACUUCAGUCAUGACACUGAUUAAUACAGGUUGUCUUAAUGUUACUCCAGGACCACUUAAUUUUGGAAAGAGUGCAUUUAAUUCAGAAGCUAAAAAAAAUCAGCUCAUGAUACUAUGGAUUUCUCUUUCAUUAAGCCUUAAUUUUAAGGGAAACAUCAGUAAGAAACUGCACUGAAGAAUUAUAAAACAUUUUGGGGCAUAGUAUACACUUGUCUAACGGUUCACACAUGGCUAUGAUCACAAGCAACUUUGAACUGGAAUGCCGUUUACGAAAGUUUUGUGUAUUAAUCUGUGUAUUAAUCUCUCUGGAUAAAAAGAAGGAAAAAAUAUGUAUGACCAGAACAGAUAUGGAUGAAGAAAUUGAAAGCAACAAAUGCAACUAUCCAAAAAGUUUUAUUUUAUUUUAUGAAUUUCUUUUUUGUUUAGUCUUGAAGACUGAUUUUCUGUACAAAUAGUGUUUGGCACCCUGCACCUCUCAUGAUUAGGCUUUGAGAAUUUAAUGCCACUGGGAAGAAGAGGUAUGGUAGUGGUGGAUGAAGGGUGGACAUUUUAAAUUGUGCAGUUACAGUUUAUCGUCCUGUUACCUCUGCUGGUUUAACCAGAGUUUGUUAUAUCACUGUGUCCCCCAAAUCAGGAUUUUGUUGAUAGCAUCAGUGUUGUAGGAGCAGUAGGUCAGAUGAGACAUAUUAACUUAGACUAAAUGUGAACAGUAUUAUAUGGACUCACACAACGCUCUUAGAGAAUCCGUGAAUAUGAACAGACAAAUGUGGCUAACCAUUUGAUUCUUCAGUAUGCCUUCUAAUGUGGGUAUUUUAUUUAUGUGAGACUCUAAACCUGAUUGUUCUAAUAUAUAAAACUAAAAGAUUUUAUAAAGGGAGUGUCUUUAGAAAUAGUUGAAAAGUAGAAUGUUAAACAUUAUUGCUAGGGUAGUCUUUUUUUUUUUUUUUUUUUUUUUUUUUUUUUCCAGAAACCUAAUUAGGGUAUUAAAUUUUUUUUUUUUUUUUUUUUUUUUUUUUUUUUUAAAGAGAAGCAUGUUAUUUCAUUCCCAUUCCGAGAAAGGGAGUUAAUGAAGAUAAAAAUUUAUUUUUUAAGGUCUUUAUUGAGAGAAACUUUCUGUUUUCUGAUAUGAACUAUUGCAGAUGUUUUUAUAAGUACUUUCAUUAAAAUGAUGUAAACAGUAGUACCCAACACUGUAAACUCAGUGAAAAUAGUAAAUGAUUCUUUUAUAACUAAGACUAUCAUGCAUUCUGAAGCAAUUGGCUUUUUUUUAACCAUAGAAAGUCAUUUCCCUCUAGCUCCUUUCCUUCUACUCUCCUUCUCAGAACAUUAGUAGGUACUUUGUUAAAUAAAAAACUAGAUUAACAUCAGUGUUACUCCAAUUUGGUAUCUUUUUACACUAUGUAUUAUACUUUCUUUUUAUUUCAUUUACAAAUACUUUAAAUUACUUUAUCAACCAGCUGUAUUGUUUCCCUCUUUUGAAAAGUACCAAAGUGGGGAAAAUGUAUGUGGAAGUGGAGAGUGAAUUUGCAUGACUAAAGGAUUAUCUGUACAUAGGGAAGUGGGCAAAAGUGGAUAGGAUGAAUUUAAAGAAAAUGACUUACUUUUGGAAAAAAUAAAUUAAAUUUUGUUCACAUAGCCUACCCUUUCCCAUUGUGCAUAUCCCAAGUGUCAUAUUUAAAAUUAAGGUUACUUAAAACAGAAUCCAGGAAUAUCAAGGCUCUGUGGCUUGGAAUUUUAGAGGAUAGGACUAAUAAAAGGACUUUUGCAAAGAAGACUUUUUUCCAUGUUCACUUCGUUUUGUGUUCUUUGAAAGUAACUGAUAUUUUCCGGGUAGUCAUUCAGCAAUCCAUGAAUAUGAUCCAGUAACUUGCUUAUAUUUUAUUGAAGUCUCAACAUCUCUUCAGAAGUAAAUUUAGAACGAUGCUGUCAGUGCAUAUUUAUAGAUAUUAGUCUUUUAGCAUAUAAAACAAAAUCAACAAAAAUUAAAUUCAUUUUGUGAUUAAACCUGCAACCAUUUUUCUAUUACUUUUUUUCUAUAGUUAAUGGUUAUUGCUAUAAUUUCUUCUGUUUGGUUCUACUAAGCUAGAAAGGCAGGAUGAAGUUAAUGAUAAUUCCCAUUAUUUUAUUUCUGUACCAUGAAAUCACUGUUGAUGACUGAAAUAACAGGUGCAAAAAUUAAUGAUUUGAUUUUUGUACAGUUUCACUGAGUAAUUUUUUACUUAUUAAAAAUAAAUUAAGAAAUGUAAGCAUAUCUUUGUAAAUCAUGUUUCGUAAGUUGACUCCAGAGAUUCUGAUUUUGCUAUUUAUUUUGUGAGUAAUGUUGCUUUGGUGUUUCCUAAUUUUCAAGUUUGCAAUCAUGGAGAUACAGCAGUUAUUAGGUAUGGAGAGACAUUGUCCUCCUCAAAUGUCCUCAAAUGGCUCCAGGAAAUUCUUUUAAAACAGUUGGAGAGAGACAGUCGUGACCAUCUAAAACCUAGAAGAUGUGGUAAAUCUCAUACUACUGGUUAGGGAUUUGUAAAGUCCAUUUCUUUUUAGAGUUCAAAGCAGUUCUAUUACUUGUAAGUUCUUCAUAAAUUGUCCCAAAGGUAGGAUAUGGAAAUAAAUGUGUAUCUUUAUAUUUUAA